AAAUGGCAGAAAAUGGGGUUCGAUCGAGUACGUCAAGGCUGCGUCAACUGCCCCGUCUGGUUCCGGCCUCCAAGAACGUCCAGAUUCGUACCAAUUCAAAAAAUAUGCAAGCUAUCUUCUUCCCAUCCAACCACCAUCUGCCCUCGUUAGUCUGCUCAUCGUCUGAGACAUCGACGACCUCAAUCGACCCGCUUCACUGACGUCUGCAGUGAUCUCAACUUGCUAAACGUUACGCCAAGAGGUAGAGUCCCAGAUCUGAUUAUCCUAGAUGCUCGUUGAAUCUGAUACCCCUCGGACCGUGUCUAGAAUCUCCCUUGGGGCCCCGCAGAAAUAUAUCUGAAGUGGUCUUACAGAUUGUUCGUCGUUCUAUUUCGAGCGAAGGACGGACUCUCAGAACCAAGAAGUUCACUCUGAGCUUUGUGCAGCCCGAAGCCUUUACCAAAAGACGUCUGUCAUGCAAACCUCCCCUAAUAUUGAGUCCAACCCGUCUGUCUCGCCGACCCAAAGCCCGACCUUGGGUCCCGCGCCAACGCGUAGACUUAGUGUGCGCCGGGGCUCAGUCUCCGCCCUCGAUCCUUGGGGCGAACACGCUGAUGUGAACCUGAGCCCUACUAGAGAGUGUGCCAGUCGACUCACCAUCGUUCGUGUUCCUCCUCCUGUAGAACCAGAGGAGAGCAGGCGACAUCGCCGCAACGCUUCACUUACUUCGACCACAGGCAAAGGCGAGCCUGGGCGAAUGAGCUUUGCUUUCUCCUCGUUCUCGCCACCGGGCGCAAUCAGCGGGCGCGCAAGUCCCCCUUCUCCUCGCAUUCGACCUACUACUCCUGGUUCGCCACGCCAGAGCUUCUCUCUCCCACCACAGCCGCCCAGGCUGUCUCCAGAGCAGCUUGUCGAGCUUGCCAGACAAUCCGUCAAUCCACGACCCGCAAUUGCAGGUCCAAAUGCACCUGUGGUGCCGUCGCAGCCAUCACCUGUGUCCUUCACUCCUCUUCCUGACUCGGUUUACCUUCCAUUUAUCGAGAGGCCAGCAGAAGUUUCGCAGCUCAUUUCUCAACCACCUACAAACAAACUCUUCGUGCUCCUUGGACAGACGUCUUCAACGCCUUCGACCUCUCCUAUAGAAUAUCUCACCACAGAUGUGCCUCCACCUCCGGUGGAAAGUGACCCAAAGCAAUGGUCGUUCCAACAACUCAUCUCGUGGUUGCGCAACGUCGAUCGAGAUGUUGCGGACGACAUCAUCUGGGUACGUAAAGCGCGUGCCUAUAUAUUGGAAAGGAGUGAGUUGAUAUGGGAGCGAGUUCGUGGUGCUUUGGGCGUACCCCCUGAGCUGAACGUAGACGAUGAAGAACUCGAGGCGUCGCUCAGGCCCCUAAUCGAGCCCACCGGUGGAAUGGCCAUUCCCAGACCUAGAGGGGAGGCUGCAUGGGAUGUUCCUGUCUUUGAACCUGAUUCACCCGUUUCCUUCACUGUUCCGCUAUCACGAAUUCCAGGAGAGCCCACCAUUACCGCUGCGACCCCUCAGGAACCAGGAUUCCAGGGUGAUAUCGAUGUCUUGGUCCCUUCUGCAAUCGAAGAGAUCUCGGUUGAACCUGUCAUCGCUGCCCCACCUUCCCCGCAUCCACCACCACCUUCUUCUACUACUCACACUUCCCUCGAAGGGGUAAUGGAGGAAGAAGAAGAGGAACUAGGAGAACCUGCCCGGGACAAAGACUCUACUCAUCUGGAUGUCGAAGUUGUCGGUAUCCGUUUCAGCACCUCCCCAGCGCCUGUCCCAAUAGUCUCUGGUCUAGGCGGGAUUAGUCCCAAUAUCAGUCCUAGUGGUACGGCGAGCGCGGGAAGUGUGAGCAGUCACGGUCAUUCUGCGUCCAGCUCUCCCGUACGUGCGAGCGUGUCUGGAGGCAUCCCUCGCUCACCGCUCAAUAUCGUUAGUAUGCCGAGGUCACCUCCUAUUCAUGGGAUUGGCAGGAGUUCAUCGUUUGGGAGUACAAGUGGGGAUGAAGGGUAUGAUGCGAACUUUGAGAGAGGACCGGGGAGACCGCUCUUCCCGAGUAACUUUGCCCAGUUAUCUCUGGGACCGACGUUCCGCAAGUACUCGUCGUGCACAGUCUGAUUGCUAUUCAGCCCCACCAAGCUUCGGUCUUCGUCGUGCAGGCGGUUUGAGCCAGAACCACCCCGCAUCAGCCAGUCUCAACCUCCCCAGUCACAGUGCAUCUGCACAUUCAUCAGGUGUACGGGGUAUGUUCGUUGGCAUGCCUUCCGGAUCGGAUUACGAUAUGGGGAGACAUGAGUAUGCGGUUAGCACUGGGAGCACGAGCGCAGCCGAGUGACGAGGAGUGUGCAUUGACUUUGGUCGCAAGUCGUAAGUUAAGUUGGUCGCGCCCUUUUUGGUUUCUUUCUAUUUGGGUUUUAUGCCGUGGAGUUGGAGGCGGCGGGUUGGAUGCGGACUGUUUAUGGACGAUAUUACUUAUUUUUGAUCAUGAUUAUGAUUACGAUGGACUGACACAGUGAUGAUUCUUGAAGGAUGAAGCAAAGUAUAAACGAAGUUCACUGUAUGUACUACCACCAUAUUACGACCAAAUGAAGCUGUCUUGGUGUUCGCCCUCAUACUGAGGCGUCUGGUAUGAGAUGCGAAUUGGAGGGUUGCCUAAUCGCGGUUAUACAUGUGGGGAGCCGUUACCUCAGUAGGUCCAUUAUUGGUCUGCGUACUGGAGGCUAUGUAUAUACACCAUUUUUUGUUACAGCUGCAAGGUCGUGCGGCGGACAAUAAAUGACAUUUCUGUCAUACUCAUCCCCUAGAUCUCCCCCUCAUCCAAACCCCUCCACAGGAGUCAAACCAGCCGCCAAUGAGGCAGUCUUACACCACGUAUAUAUUGGAUCCUCGAGAAUGAAUAUUAUCUUGCAUUUUCAGGCCAGGUUUGUGACCAGGUAUAUAUUCCGAAAUGACAGAAUCAUAAGGUAAGAGUGCCGGUCAACUUUUGGCAGCAGCCUUCUUCUCCGUAUACGACUUCAA